AUGAGAGAAGCGAAACGCAGCCUUUUCGCGAAGACCAUAAUUCCCGCGGACAGCUACGAGAGAAACGCCAUCCAUGCAUCUUCAGCCACCCACAGGAAAAUGACAUCCGAGGAAGAAACGUAUCCACAUUCGCAUCCUCCCGAGACCCGGGAACUGCGUGGGAAUCCACUGGAAUGCGUCUGCUCGAAUUCCUGGAUCCUCCGAAGGAACACCCGUCGUCAGGGCUCUUCCCAGGGACCCGCCUUCGAAGGAGGGAAGACUUGCCGGCUCCCCGACAGCAUCUGCGCCGUGCCCAAGGUGAAGGUGCUUCCGGAGGUGAUCUCGGUGAAGGAGGGCGAGGCCUUCGAGGUCAACUGCUCCGCCAUGGGGAAACCCGAUCCUCAGCUGGCUUGGAUAUGGGGAGUGGAAGACGCGAAGAGGAAAGCGGAGGAACGUUGGAUCGGAGAAUCCCUAACAAUUCGCAUCCCUUCGGCCCGAUGGAAGGACCACGGACAGAACCUGACAUGCGUGGCCACCAACGACGCGGGCCGAAGUCAGGCUCAUCUCACUCUCAAUAUCUCCUACCUGCCUCGAUUGUCGCCGAUGAAGCCCGAGAAUAAGCGAAUAUGCUUUAGGGUGGCGGCAAACCCACCCGCGACGGUUCGGUGGUUCUUCAAGGAUAAGCCCCUCCAGGAAUCCGGGCUCAUCCGGAUGAUCCAGGAUUGCCUCCCAGCCAUGCCCACUGAAGAGAGCACUUAGAACGCCCUCGGGCGUGCGAACGGGUCAAUGGAUGCCCGGUUCACGCAGCCGGCAGACCUGGCCCAGGAGCGGGGACGCAUGAAGUCCCAUCACUUCCCUUUCCUCGAACCAGGCUUCAAAGGAGGCAACCUCUUCUACGAGCACCCGAGCAGCUCCCCUUCGAAACCAAUGAUGGACCUACUUUGGGUGAUGCUAAUAUCAUGCUGCACAUCGUUCGUCGUGAUAGGCAUCCCCAUCUUCGUCCUCCUCGGAAUGAGACACUUCAGGAAUCGAUCUCCAAGAAAUGGAUUGGAGGUAAUGCGGCAGAAAAGGGAAUACGUCCAACUGCGUCUCCUCCGGGCCAAUCUCCAAUGCGACUCGGACGACAAGAACGCGACGUCGACUGCGACGACGGACCCAUCGCACCUCCCUCUCGUGGAGAUCCCCUUGCACGCCUUGGAGUUGAAGCAAAUCCUCGGGAAAGGGAACUUCGGCGAGGUCUAUUUCGCCAUUUACAAUUUCAUUCCCGAAGAAGGGAAAGACCCGGAAUCCUGCAAGGUCGCUUUUGAAUUGAAAGUGGCGAAAACCUGCAUCCCCAAAUCACGCCGGACUCUUCUCACUAUUAUUGCACAGGUGAAGUUCCCAAAGGAGGGGAGCAGCGAAGAGCACAAGCGGGAUAUCCACCGGGAGGCGCAGAUGCUGGCGAAGAUGCGACAUCCCAAUAUCAUCCGGCUUCUUGGGAUAGAUAAGCCUUUUCUGAGACGCGCGGCCUUCAUAAUAUAUCCACCCUUUGCCACCGGCAGUGAACGACAGGUGGAUUACAUGAGGAGAGAGGGUGAGAUUCGAAUCAGGAAACUUGGUCCGGAUUCGAGGAUGUUUGGAGGGGAGAGCGGAAGCGAGGCGCAGCUGGGUAAACUGGGACUGGAGGACUUGGUCCAUGUUGCGAUCCAGGUUGGGUCUGGUCUCAAGUACCUCACGGAUCGACACUUCGUCCAUCGGGACCUGGCCACGAGGAAUUGCCUGGUUGGGGAGAACCUCACAGUCAAGAUAGGGGACUUCGGCUUGUCUAGGGACGUCUAUAGCUCCGACUACUACCGGGUUCGUGGCUUAGUCAUCUUC